UCACUGUGCUCUAAGCCUCUGACAAACACCGCCCCUCUGACCAUGUGUCCACCGUUUCUUCGGUGAAAUCAGCUCCCCCUUUGCCGCCGCCGCCGUUCGUUUUGUCAGAUUUUGGUACCAACACUAGCUACUGUCUUCGCCCUCUUGUUGGUUGGUGAAAAUGGUGGAGAAGAGGAGGAAGCCUCUGAUUCUCUGUUCCACCAAACAUGUCAUCAAUUCCUUAUUAGGAUCUUCAUCUUCUCCCCCAAACAACAACCAUGAAUCUUCUCCCAAUUUCCACUUACCUGUUGGAAUUCUUCAAUCCUCCAAUAAACCUCAAUUCCCUUCUUCUCUUGACCACUCUGCACUCCUUGGCCUCUCCACUUCUCUUCUCAAGAGGCUCUCCAUAACUUCAGGCUCACCGGUUUUGAUCAAGAAUACUGAGAUGAAGAUACAGAGAAUUGCAGUUGCCAUUGCUCUUGACCCUCCUGGCAUCACCACUGAAACUGGGUCACCCUCUUCUUCUCGAAUAAUGCUUGUUUUACCUUGUUGUGAUUUCCCUUGCAGUGGGUUGAAUGGUGAAGUUGCUUAUUUAUCUCCUAUUUUGGCUUUUAAUCUUAACUUGCACGUUGCUUGCUUAAAAUCCAUUCUGCGCCAUGGGCAAGAUGCUUUAGCAUCUUAUUUCAAUCCUCAAGGUCAAAAGGGUGAUGAGGAUGCUGAUAAUAGCAUUGAGGAUGAUUCUGUCAUUAAGGUAGAAUUGGCACCUCUUGGACAACCUCCGAGAUUUGCCUCACUUUUGAGGGUUGCUUUUGUGAAGAUACCAGAAUGUGGCAUUCUUGAAUCUAUUAGAUCAAGUUCACCUGUUGAAUCCCAAGAGCGGCAAGACAUGAUUGAUUUGGCGUUGCAAAAGUACUUUGAAGUGGAUAGGUAUUUGUCAAGUGGAGAUGUUUUUGGAAUUAACAUUAGUUGGAACUGCAAUUCCACUAUUUGCAUUCCCUGCAACCAGAAACCACAAGGGAAAAAUGAUGAACUUAUCUAUUUCAAGGUCAUUGCUAUGGAACCAUCAGAUGAACCGGUUCUCCGUGUCAAUAAAACAUUGACUGCUCUGGUGCUAGUAGGGAGUUCCCCAUCCCCCCUUCCUCCAGAUUUGUUAGUUGCUGGAAAGGGAGGGCCUGUCCCUUUGCAAAGAGACUUAGUGAAGACCUUGGCUUCAAUACUUACUCCAACUUUCUGUCCAUCCGCGCUUUCUUCCAAGUUCAGAGUUUCAGUUCUCUUGUAUGGCUUGGCAGGUUGUGGGAAAAGGACGGUCAUUAGAUAUGUUGCUCGUCGACUAGGCCUGCAUGUGGUGGAAUAUAACUGUCACGAUCUACUGGCGUCUGACAAAACAUCUGUUGCUCUAGCUCAAGCUUUCAAGACAGCUCGAAGAUACUCGCCAGCUAUACUUCUUCUCCGUCAUUUUGAUGUUUUUCGAGAUUCAAAUUCGCCUGAUGGUUCUCUAAAUGAUCAAAGAGGAAAUACAGCUGAAGUUGCAUCAGUCAUUAGGAAAUUCACUGAGCCAGUUAGUGAACGUGGUGAUGGCAACUCCCUGGUGACAUCAAAUGGUGAAUUGGUGGAGAAGAAUGCUGAAAAGACAAGCGGGCAGAUCCUGUUGAUUGCUGCUGCUGACAGUUCAGAAGGUCUACCUUCAACUAUCAGACGCUGCUUUAGCCAUGAACUAAGCAUGGGGUCUUUGACUGAAGAGCAAAGGGCUGAGAUGCUAUCCCAGUCACUGCAGAGUGUUUCUGGACUCCUCUCUGAUACUGAUUCAGAGGGUUUUGUAAAAGAAAUAGUUGGGCAAACAUCUGGUUUCUUGCCCAGGGAUAUGUGUGCUUUAAUCGCUGAUGCUGGUGCCAACUUAUUUCCCAGGAGCAAUGCUGAAGUAGACAAAGAUGGAUCUGAAGAUGUAGAUAGUUCUCUUACUUCCGGGAUGAUUGAGGAUAACAAUAAGUCGAAAGUUUCACCUCGGAUUCCUGGGAAAGAAGACGUGAUGAAUGCUUUAGAAAGAUCAAAAAAGAGAAAUGCAUCUGCAUUGGGCACUCCAAAGGUUCCAAAUGUGAAAUGGGAAGAUGUAGGUGGGCUUGAAGAUGUCAAAAAAUCCAUCCUAGAUACUGUUCAGUUACCUCUCCUGCAUAAAGAUCUAUUUGCAUCUGGAUUACGCAAGCGGUCUGGUGUUCUUUUAUAUGGUCCCCCUGGAACAGGAAAAACAUUAUUAGCAAAAGCUGUUGCUACAGAAUGUUCCUUAAAUUUUCUUAGUGUGAAAGGACCUGAACUGAUCAACAUGUACAUAGGAGAGUCUGAGAAGAAUGUCCGGGACAUUUUCCAGAAGGCCAGAUCAGCACGUCCAUGUGUCAUCUUCUUUGAUGAGCUUGAUUCUCUUGCACCAGCUCGGGGUGCUUCAGGAGAUUCUGGUGGUGUUAUGGACAGAGUGGUUUCUCAGAUGCUUGCAGAGAUUGAUGGCUUAAGCGAUUCAAGUCAGGAUCUAUUUAUUAUAGGUGCAAGUAAUAGGCCAGAUUUGAUAGACCCAGCACUUCUGCGUCCUGGUCGAUUUGAUAAGCUGUUAUAUGUUGGAGUUAACUCUGAUGCAUCUUACAGAGAACGGGUCUUGAAAGCUCUUACCCGAAAGUUUAAAUUGCAUGAGGAUGUUUCACUUUACUCUAUAGCGAAAAAAUGUCCACCAAAUUUCACUGGUGCGGACACGUACGCCUUGUGUGCAGAUGCUUGGUUCCAUGCUGCGAAGCGCAAGGUUUUGAGUGCAGAUCCAGAGUCAUCCAGCCAAGACAAUGAAGCUGAUUCUGUUGUUGUUGAACACAAUGAUUUUGUCCAGGUCUUAGUUGAGCUUCAGCCUUCCCUCUCCAUGGCUGAGCUUAAGAAGUAUGAGCUACUGAGAGAUCAGUUUGAAGGCACCUCAAAAUGAGUUCUAUUGUUAUAUAUUCUUCUUUGAAAUAUCCCCUUCUGAUUGUUGUCAUCUCUUGUAAUUGACUAAUAAGUGAUUAUUUCAUGUAAUAAAUGAUAUGUAAUGACAUAUAUAGUGAGUUUUGAAAUUACUCCAGCAUUUUAGUGAUUA